CCCAAUCUUUCAUCCUCCCCAACACAACAAUGGACCACCGCCAACAGCUUCAGCUUCAGCAACAGCAACUCCUCCUCCAAGCCCAACAAGAGCAAGAACACCACUUCAUCCAACCACUCCAAUUCCCACAACCCCCUUACAAUCCCAACACCUACCCACCUCACGACCCUCCUCAAUAUCAAUACCAGCACCCACAAUUCCCACACCAAAAUGGUUACCACCAAUCAAAUCUCUACCCCCAGUCGGCUGUGCUCCGGCCACCUGAUCUCACGGUGCCACCGCUGGCUGCGGCGGUGGCUGUGCAGUCUCUUUUGGUGCAAUACUCCGAGGCUUCGGGGUCUCAGUGGAACGCUCCACCAAUGGGUGUUUGGAAGUUUAUAAGAGGUGCAUGAUGUUGAGUUUGGGUCUGGGGAGGGAGAGGUUAUUGUUGAGUUGCAUGAACUGGAAUGCACAAUUGGGAGCUAGGUGGGCUAACUUGGGCAGGUC